AUGAGGCACUACUUCCUCGGCCCAGAGCAGGAGAUGGAACGGGGGCCUUUUAGUCAGAAUGCGAUCAGGAAAAUCAUGAAAUACUUUUGCUGCAUACUACUCUCCAUUGUGCACACUGUCUGGAGUGCCAAUGACAUCGAAACAAAGUUUGGCAUCAAGGUGUCACCGCGACAAGACCUGCCAUUCCUCGAACUAGCUAACUAUGAUGGGUACACCGCUGAACAGCAUUUCGUGACCACCGAAGAUGGCUAUAUCUUAGGCCUUUUCCGAUUACCCAUACAGAAAAGUUGCAAGACCUCCAAAGGUGUGAUGAUGUUCAUGCACGGUCUGUACCUCAGCGGAGAUGACUGCCUCAUACCAGGCCCCGGGAAAGCGCAUUGCUACGUCUACUCUGACAACUGCUACGACGUCUGGGUGCCCAACGUCAGAGGAAACUUCUACAGCAGAAACCACACAACGCUGAACCCCAACAGAGACUCAAAAUUCUGGGACUUUUCCGUUGACGAAAUGGCCGUCUUAGAUCUACCCGCAGUCAUAGAUUAUGUCUUACUUGAAACUCAAGAAUCACAGCUGUCGUACGUCGCGCACUCUCAGGGAGUCUCCAUGUUGCUAAUCCUUUGUGCCAAGAAGCCCGAGUACAAUGAUAAAGUAAAGGUUGGCUUUGGGUUGUCACCUACGGCGUGGUUGGAUCACUCCAGAUUCAUCGUGAUCCAGCUGCAGAGCCUCAUUGCCCCGGGGUUGACACUGACCGGUCCGUUACUGAACAUGGAAGUGUUAAAACGCAAUGGUCUAGUGCAGAAUGCAGGGGAGUUAUUCUGCGGCACUACAACACUGGCGUAUCCAUUUUGCUCUUCCAUCAUCUUCGCGGUUCUAGGGUACAAUCAGUUCCAGAUCACAGACGAAGUUUUACCUGUAGUAUUUGGGCAUACUCCUUCAGGGACAUCUCUUAAGAACUUCAUAAGAUGGGGACAGAUCCAGAACAACGGCUUUUCUGAAUACGACUUUGGAUUGAUCAAAAAUCUAAUCAAUUAUGGCACAGCAAGGCCUCCACAGUAUGACCUGUCUAGUGUCUCAAUGCCCUGGGUCUUCUUGGGCAGUGAGAACGACUAUGUCGCCAAUGUCACUGACAUAAAGUUCCUACAAACCAAACUACAAAAAUCUUCACUGUGUGUUCUCUCCGAUAAGACAUUCGGCCAUCUUGAUUUCAUUUAUGGUAAAGACAUACCGAAUUAUUUGACUCCGGUUGUUUUGUCUUAUCUAGAGACCGUUGCUAUUGCCAUCGCCAUACGUAUUGCAACAGCAUGA